AUGAUGCUCGUCCUUGUUGUUUUGUUGCUGUCGUCUGCGGCGCUGACGGACGGGGUGACCGUCACGUCAUGCUCUCACUGCACUACGAGCGCAGUUCAAGUGUGGUGUCCUGAUGACAUGUCGUGUCAUCCAGCGGACAAUUGCAGCUGUGGGACGGGCUGUUUCAGCCUUGUUGACUGCUUCGUGCAGGGGACGACGUGUGCCCGGUGCGUCAGCAGCGGCGGCACCUUCUGCACUCGUCCCGCCAAUGGGCACCGCCCGUGUUUCUUUACGGGUGUCGGCGCGGCGAGGCGUCCUGCAACGGCAUCACAAGAAGCGCAAUGUAGUGAGGUGUGUUUGGAGAGCGGCCGCUGCCUGUCACGCCUCGACGAGUGCCCGAAGGAGCCUGUAGACACCGUGCUGUUCAGUUGGUUCGUCGUCAACGUUGCAGUCGCAGUGGCCAUUACGGUAUUCGUAGGUAUCGUAGUGCACGUCGGUGUGGUGAGGGCAAAGGUGGAAGUCUCGGCGUCACCGACGGCACACGCGCGUGGAGCGUAG